UGAGAGAAGUGAGGGGAGUAGUUUUAUAAGAGUAGCUGGAGAUCUUCUUCUGAACUGUGAAGUGACUCCACCAGGGAACCUAAAAAGAGUGAAAGUGCGGGACAAGACCAUGCUGGGUUGUAAGGGUGAGGCGGUGGUGCGGCGGUGGCUGACCCUGGUCACAGGACUGCUGGAGUGCCUGUGUUUUGCGGGGGUCGUUUUUGGCUGGGCCUCCCUGGUGUUCGUCCUGAAGACGGAAGGCUACUUCAGCUACCUGUGUGUCAACACUACCGGGGUCAAUGGAACACAAUUCGUAGACUGCAGUGCUCAGGAUGAACAGUUCUCCCUCAUCUUCACUAUCGCUUCCUUCAUGAACAACUUCUUGCUGCUGCCUAAUGGCUUCCUGUUCGACCGUUUUGGCACCAUGGUGACCAGGCUGCUGGGAAUAUCAAUGUACACUUCUGGUGCCUUGUUUGUGGCCUUCUCAAGUCCAGCUCUGUCCGUCCUCCUCUUCCCGGCGCUGUCCUGCAUCUCUGUGGGAGGCAUCUUGUUUCUGGUCACCAACAUGCAGAUAGGCAACCUGUUUGGUUCCGCUCGCUCCACCAUCAUCACCCUCUACAAUGGUGCCUUCGACUCCUCCUCCGCACUCUUCCUCAUCAUCAAGCUGCUAUUUGAGGCUGGGAUCUCUCUGCAUGCCUCUUUCCUCUUCCUGGCUGCGUGUGGCAUCAUCCACCUGGUCAGGACCUUCCUCCUGCUACCCAGAACACACAUCCCCUACCCCCUCCCUGAGGGCUACACCUACGGAAUAAACUGUGGCCAGACCAAGACCUUCAGCCCGGAGCAGGCAGCAGCAAUUGCCAGCGUGCAGAGUGAUGAUGUCACGGAGGAAACGCCUUUUAACAAUGAGAGCGCAGAGAAAGUGGCUACUUUCUGGGAGUGUUUCCUGUCCAAGUUCUUCCUCUGGCACCUGGUGUGGUUAUCUGUCAUGCAGCUGAGGCACUACCUGUUCAUCGGCACCCUCAACCCCAUGCUGCAGAGACUGACCCAGGGAGAACCCUCUCUUGUGAGCACAUACACCAAUGCUUUUGCUGUAACCCAGCUUUGUGGAGUGCUGUGUGCCCCCUGGAAUGGCCUCAUCAUGGACCGACACAAGGGCAAGCCCAGGGCCCCAGGAAUGAGUGAGAAGGAGGCAGACCUGCGUGCAUCAGUGCUCUCCCUGACACUGACGGCACUGCAGUGUGUCUUGUUCUCCAUCUGUGCCUCCACCCCCUUCCUCCCCCUCCAGUACCUCACCUUCAUCCUGCAGGUCCUCAACCGAUCCUUCCUCUAUGGAGGCAAUGCAGCCUUCAUCAGCAUUGCUUUUCCUCCGUGUCACUUUGGGAAGCUGUAUGGUAUGAUCAUGGCUCUGUCUGCAGUGGUGGCUCUGCUGCAAUACCCCUGCUUUACCCUGGUCAAAGGAGUGCUAGGAGGAGACCCACUAUACGUGAACAUAGCCCUGACGUUACUCAGCCUGCUGGCCUUCAUCCAUCCUGUCUGUGUCUAUCUGCACUGUUGUGGCCUAGCAGCCCAGAGGGGUAAACCCAAGGACACCCUCCCCUCCCGCUCCUCCUAGACCAGCUCUAAAAAGGGAAACAAACACACACUUUAAAAAGGCCAUUUCAACCCUCGCUCCUCUGUUUCCUCUCCAGUUUGUAUAUUAUAUACAGUUGAAGUCGGAAGUUUACAUACACCUUAGCCAAAUACAUUUAAACUCAGUUUUUUUACAAUUCCUGACAUUUAAUCCAAGUAAAAAUUCCCUGUUUUAGGUCAGUUAGGAUCACCACUUUAUUUUAAGAAUGUGAAAUGUUAGAAUAAUAGUAGAAUAACACCUUACAGUGAAAUGCUUACUUACAAGCCCUUAACCAACAAUGCUUUAAGAAGUUAAGAAAAAAACAAAAAUAAGUGUUCAGUAAAAAAUAGAUAAGUAGAAAAAUAAAAGUAACAAAUAAUUAAAUAGCAGCAGUAAAAUAACAAUAGCGAGACUAUAUACAUGGGGUACCGGUACAGAGUCAAUGUGCGGGGGCACCAGUUAGAAGAGGAAAUUGAGGUAAUAUGUACAUCUACAGUUGAAGUUGGAAGUUUACAUACACCUUAGCCAAAUACAUUUAAACUCAGUUUUUCACAAUUCCUGACAUUUAAUCCGAGUAAAAAUUCCCUGUCUUAGGUCAAUUAGGAUCACCACUUUAUUUUAAGAAUGUGAAAUGUUAGAAUAAUAGUAGAGAGAAUUAUUUAUUUCAGCUUUUAUUUCUUUCAUCACAUUCCCAGUGGGUCAGAAGUUUACAUACACUCAAUUAGUAUUUGGUAGCAUUGCCUUUAAAUUGUUUAACUUGGGUCAAACGUUUCGGGUAGCCUUCCACAACCUUCCCACAAUAAGUUUGGUGAAUUUUGGCCCAUUCCUCCUGACAGAGCUGGUGUAACCGAGUCAGCUUUGUAGGCCUCCUUGCUCGCACACGCUUUUUCAGUUCUGCCCACAAAUUUUCAAAAGGGUUGAGGUCAGGGCUUUGUGAUGGCCACUCCAAUACCUUGACUUUGUUGUCCUUAAGCCAUUUUGCCACAACUUUGGAAGUAUGCUUGGGGUCAUUGUCCAUUUGUAAGACCCAUUUGCGACCAAGCUUUAACUUCCUGACUGAUAUCUUGAGAUGUUGCUUCAAUAUAUCCACAUCAUUUUCCCUCCUCAUGAUGCCAUUUAUUUUGUGAAGUGCACCAGUCCCUCCUGCAGCAAAGCACCCCCACAACAUGAUGAUGCCACCACCGUGCUUCACGGUGUUUUCAGCUUGCAAGCAUCCCUCUUUUUCCUCCAAACAUAACGAUGGUCAUUAUGGCCAAACAGUUACAUUUUUGUUUCAUCAGACCAGAGGACAUUUCACCAAAAAGCAGUGGCUUCUUCCUUGCUGAGCGGCCUUUCAGGUUAUGUCUAUAUAGGACUCGUUUUACUGUGGAUAUAGAUACUUUUGUACCCGUUUCCUCUAGCAUCUUCACAAGGUCCUUUGCUGUUGUUCUGGAAUUGAUUUGCACAUUUCACACCAAAGUACGUUCAUCUCUAGGAGACAGAACGUUUCUCCUUCCUGAGCGGUAUGAUGGCUGUGUGGUCCCAUGGUGUUUAUACUUGCGUACUAUUGUUUGUACAGAUGAACGUGGUACCUUCAGGCGUUUGGAAAUUGCUCCCAAGGAUGAACCAGACUUGUGGAGGUCUACAGUUUUUUUCUGAGGUCUUGGUGGAUUUCUUUUGAUUUUCCCAUGAUGUCAAGCAAAGAGGCACUGAGUUUGAAGGUAGGCCUUGAAAUACAUCAACAGGUACACCUCCAAGUUAUGUCAAUUAGCCUUUCAGAAGCUAACGCCAUGACAUCAUUUUCUGGAGUUUUCCAAGCUGUUUAAAGGCACAAUCAAUUUAGUGUAUGUAAACUUUUGACCCACUGUAAUUGUGAUACAGUUAAUUAUAAGUGAAAUAAUCUGUCUGUAAACAAUUGUUGGAAAAAUGACUUGUGUCAUGCACAAAGUAGAUGUCCUAACCGACUUGCCAAAACUAUAGUUUGUUAACAAGACAUUUGUGGAGUGGUUGAAAAACGAGUUUUAAUGACUCCAACCUAAGUGUAUGUAAACUUACGACUUCAACUGUAUAUGAGGUAUCAGUUAGUUAGGGUUAUACAUGUCUUAUAUCAGGAUUUUAGCCAAUUCUGUCAGAGUGGGAACAAAAACUGUUUACAGACUCCUCCUAAGUGCUAAUGUUAUUUUUCAGCCCUGCAUUGUCCGCUCCAUUGGUUGGUCUUGGCUACAGCUGAAGCCCAUAGGCUACUAUUGUAUGUAUUGUAGCUGAAAACGUAUUCGAUCUGGUGUAUUCUAGCUAGCUAGUCUGCCUCCUUUUAUUCCACUUUAAGCAGUAUUAACUGUGCACUUUGACACUGCUGCCCAAACCCCUAAACUCAGACUUUCCAUUGUAGGAUCCAGGCACUCAAGGACAACAACACAUAUAAACAAAUCUAGUGUUUACUACUCCUGUUAGAAUAAGAAUUAAUUAAUGUGAUAAUCAGUUUGAGGUAUAGGAAUUGUAAGGGAUUUACAGAUCUAAGAAACUGCUCAGCAACGUGAGAAAGUCAGGAGCAAGAAGAUGAUCAGAUAAUGUUUUUGUUCUUUUCUCAUCCUGUCAUACACAACUGUCUGGCUUUCAACAUAACAACACGACUGAACUGACCGCAGGUUCCACCCUGGGUCCCCAGUGUCUCAAAUUCCAAAUUCCUUCACGAGUCUGAGAGACCAUUUUGGUAGGAAAGGCAGUGCAGAUCUGCCAGCUACUGACCUAAACUGGGGAAAACAGUUUCCUGUUGGCAUUUAAUUCCCUCCUCUGAACAAACCGUGUCAUGAUGGUGGGCUUUGUCAAGUGUUUUAAAGUAUUAUUUCAACCAAUAUCAUAACAGCGAGAACCUUUAUAGGGUUUAUUUAUAGUAGAACAGGAUGUGGUAAUCACGGCUGAUUUUCUAUCAGCACACAGUAUUGCACAGCACGAUCAUCCCCCCACUGAAUAAACCUGAAUGUCUGGUAUAGAUAGCAGAGAUAGACCACUUAUGCCUUAUACAUGGAAGUCAACAACAUUGAAGAGACUAUUACAUUUGUAUUGAGAAUGUACUGUAUUAAUCGUGAAGGGAUUAUUUCAAUGUAGGACAUGCAGGGACUAUAAUAUUAGGUAUAUAUAUAUAUUUGACCUUAGCAACUAUGUAAAACACUUUAAAAUGACAAAUAAGUACACAUCAUACAUGUUUUUGUUUAUAGUGAACUGUUUAUCGAUGAUAAAACAUAAUGCAUGUUCUUUAAACUGCAAAACUUUGUGUUUAGGCAUUGUUUAAAGUAAUUAGGUUAAGCAAAUUGGCAUGUCCCCAUAGUGACCCAUUAGAGUUGUGGUGAGAUGUUUUGGGGAAUUAUAGAUGCAUAUCUAAUAUUUUGAAUGCUAGAAAGUAAACAUUGUGAGCAACCUGUUUAAUCAUAUAAAUUCGGUAAAUUAUUAUAAUAUAUAUAUAACAAAAAUUGUACCCCCUUUGUUCUUCCCAAUUUUGUCAUAUCCAAUUACAAUCUUGUCUCAUCGCUGCAACUCCCCAACGGGCUCGGGAGAGGCGAAGGUCGAGUCAUGCGUCCUCCGAAACAUAACACACCAAACCGAACUCCUUAACACCCGCCAGCUUAACCCGGAACCCAGCCGCACCAAUGUGUCAGAGGAUGUGGUUCCACUGACAAAACACAGUUCCACUGACAAUCGAGGUCAGCCUGCAGGCGCCCUUGCCCGCCACAAUGAGUCGCUAGAGCGCGAUGAGCUAAUCCUCAAUUACCUCAAAUGUGUUAUUGGUGUUACUACUCCUACUGGUGACAAUGGGAAGACAUUUUUUUAAAUCUAUUAAAAUGAUGUAAAUUAAAAAAAAAAUGCCAUGCCCAUAUGCCACCGCAAUUCAAGAACGACCGUGUGCUAAGUGAAAAUAUCAGGUACACAUACAGUAGUUUCAAACCCUCCAUAUCAAGCCUGAAUAUGUAUGAAUGUCCUUCUUUCACAUUUCCAGUGAAAAGGCCAAAACAAGCAACGCCACCAAGCAAACAGAUCAAAAUGAUGAGUUGUAUAAAAAAAUAAUUGAUUCAACAUGGAGAACAAUAAAUCCACCAAAGAUUGUAAGUAUGAUUAAUAAAAUAAAUUAUACAAAAGUGUAGGUAUGAAGAUUUUUUUUAACUGUACAAAAAUCUGUAUGUCAAUGAAAAAUGUUAAUGUAAAUAAAGUGAUGUUACAUUCA